AUGACUCUUCCACCAAGAUAUGAGGGUAAUCAUUCAUCUAAUCUUGUUUGCAAGUUAAAGAAAUUCUUUUAUGGCCUCAAACAGUCUCCACGCACAUGGUUUGGAAGGUUUAUAGUAGCCAUGAAGAAACUAAAUUACAAACAAAGUAAUCCUGAUCACACAUUAAAUUUUAAACACUCUUCUUCAAGGGGAGUUACAGUUCUAUUAGUUUAUGUUGAUGAUAUUAUCAUCACAGGAAAUGAUGAAGGAGAGAUCCAAAACUUGAGCAAUUGUUUGGCCCAAGAGUUUGAUGUCAAGACUUUGGGACGACUCAAGUAUUUUUUAGGAAUCGAAGUGGCAUAUUCUUCUAAAGGUAUUUUUAUUUCUCAACAAAAGUACAUAACAGAUUUGUUAGCUGAAACAGGGAAAUCUGGGUGUAAACCAGCCAAUACACCUAUUGAUCCAAACCAGAAAUUGUGUAUGGCAGAUGAAGAAAAUUCUAUUAACCGUGAGAUGUAUCAACGUCUCAUUGGCCGACCACUUUAUCUAACACACACUCGACCGGAUAUCUCAUAUCAAGUGAGUAUAUUGAGCCAAUUUACGCAUCAACCUAAAGAGUGUCAUUUACAUGCUGCCUACCGAGUGCUACAUUAUUUGAAAGGCACACCAACAAAAGGGGUUCUUUUUAAACGAAGUGGAAAGCAACCUCCAGUCAUCUUACUUCUGUUGGUGGCAACCUGGUCACUUGGAGGAGUAAAAAACAGAAUGUAGUUGCUCGAUCAAGAGCUGAGGCUGAAAUUAGGGCACUUGCCCAAGGAAUAUGUGAGUUACUUUGGGUCAAGAACUUACUUGACGAGUUACAAAUUCCUUUAUUCAGUCCUCUGACGAUUUAUUGCGACAAUAAGUCAGCAAUCAAUCUAGUGCACAACCCAGUACAGCAUAACCGUACCAAACAUGUGGAGAUUGAUCGCCAUUUCAUCAAAGAGAAACUUGAGGCCAAUGUGAUUUGUAUAUCAUACAUUCCAACAAAUAAACAGUUGGCAGAUAUGCUUACUAAAGGCAUCUCGGGGACACAAUUGUAG